AUAUCAGAAUUAAGCCAAUUAUGAAAAAUAUUAAAAAUGUGAUUCAUCUCCUUAUAAUGAAUUUUAUAAAUUUUAUAAAUGCUUUCUUAUCAAAUGUCCUUGCUCAUGAAAUACUUGUUAAUUCAUUGUUACUAUUAUUUGUCCUAUAUAUUUCUGUGAGAAUGUAUAAUCUAAUGCUGAAAAGUUCUUAAUGAAAGAAUCCAUAAAGUACAUUUUCAGACGCGACCUUUUUUUCUUGGAAG